ACUUGCAUCAAGAGAAGUUGGUCGUGGCGUCGUAUACGUCGACGUCCCUCCUGUUGUUAAUAAUUUUGACGAAGCAUUUGGGAAAGCUAUCAACUUUGCAUUUGAGGAGGAUGUCUCAUUUAAUAAUCAAUUUAAACGAAAAUUGUGCAGUACUGAUAACGAAUCUGACGUUCCGAAGUGGGUGAGGACCUUGAAUGCUUUUCAACAUGCUGCUGAAAUAUAUAAAGUCAAAUAUGAUAGACCUAUGAUUAUUGUGUAUGAUAACGUUAGCCGAUUAGAUCCAGAAACAAUUCGUAUCCUUCAAAAUAUUGCCAAAGAUAAUGUUGAUAGUCGAACAUACAUUGCAGUGUUUGUCAGCAGUGUCGGCUCGGUUCCAAAAAUAAUGGAAACAUCUAAUCGACCGAUUGAAAUUGACGAUCUUACUAAGGAAGAGUCGAUAGAAUAUCUAGUCAACAAGCGCAAAAUCAAAGAAGCAGCAGCAAAUAGUUUAUAUGGUUUAGUUGGUGGUCUUAUUAUUGAUCUAAAGUUUGUUGCUAACGAAUUUCUAGCUGGACAUGCAUUUAAAGUUAUUAAACAGGCAAUCUUAAGUAUUACCGAGAAGAAACUUGAAAGUGCAAGAAUCUACCCAAGACAAAAAUAUCAUAAAGUAGCGUGCAAAAUUAUCAAUUCUUUAUUGACAACCAAAGAGCUUGAAUGUAAGAAAUAUAAACAAUUUUUUGAUAAUGUUGAGGAAGCUAAUGAAGUAUUGGAAAAGAAUGUGUUUGCAUACCAUCCGGGAAAAAAUAUUGUUACAUGUCAGUCAAAAUCGGUAGAAUUAUACAUUAAGACAGAAGUUGAUGAUUUUGGUAUUAAUCUAAUUGAUCUCAUCCCUGCUGAUGAAGAUGAUGUAACAACUUCCAAUCAAAUGGAUACUAUAAUCCAGGAGGGAUAUCUUCCUAUCAUUGAAGAGCCUUCACAUCAACAUCCAUCUAAUUUAAAAUCUCCUAGAGAAAAUUAUGGAAUUAAGAAUCAUAAUCCAGUUUCAAGCAUUCCCAGUGGCGAAAAUAAUGUAAAUCCUAAUCAACAUUUUAACUGA